AUGUCAAGCUUCUUCAGAAUACCCUUUAAGCGGGCAAAUUUACACGGAAUGUUGAAGGCUGCUAUCUCUAAAAUCAAGGCGAACUUCACUGCGUAUGGUGCACCAAGAAUCAAUAUUGAGGAUUUCAAUAUAGUCAAAGAAGGCAAAGCAGAAAUUCUUUUCCCUAAAAAGGAAACUGUUUUCUAUAAUCCCAUCCAACAAUUUAAUAGGGAUCUAAGUGUUACAUGCAUCAAGGCGUGGGACAACCUAUACGGCGAGGAGUGUGGCCAAAAGAGAAAAAAUAAGAAAAGUAAAAAGAAAAGAUGCGCGGAAAUUAACGAUGAUUCUUCCAAGCGCCAAAAAAUAGAUAAUGGAUCACCAAAGGAAACUGUUGGUAAUUCUGACCAAAACGAACCUUACAUAAAUAUUCUGGAAGCGUUGUCGGCCACUGGGCUAAGAGCCAUUAGGUAUGCUCAUGAAAUUCCUCAUGUGAGAGAAGUUAUCGCUAACGAUUUGCUUCCAGAGGCUGUUGAAUCUAUUAAACGAAACGUUGAAUAUAACAAUGUCGAAAACAUUGUAAAGCCAAAUCUCGAUGAUGCCAAUGUCUUAAUGUACCGCAAUAAAGCCAAUGAUAAUAAGUUUCACGUCAUUGACCUGGAUCCCUAUGGUACCGUCACUCCUUUUGUGGAUGCAGCCAUCCAGAGUAUUGAAGAGGGUGGUUUAAUGCUGGUGACUUGCACCGAUUUAUCCGUUUUAGCCGGUAAUGGAUACCCAGAAAAGUGUUUUGCCCUAUAUGGUGGUGUUAAUAUGGUUUCUCAUGAAUCAACUCACGAAAGUGCGCUAAGACUAGUGUUGAAUUUACUAAAGCAAACUGCCGCAAAAUACAAGAAAACUGUGGAACCACUUUUGUCAUUGAGCAUUGACUUUUACGUCAGAGUUUUCGUUAAAGUCAAAACAAGUCCAAUUGAAGUCAAGAACGUCAUGUCAAGCACCAUGACUACCUAUCAUUGUUCUCGUUGUGGCUCAUACCACAACCAACCUUUGGGCAGAAUUUCCCAACGCGAAGGUAGGAAAAACAAAACAUUCACUAAAUACUCGGUUGCCCAAGGCCCACCGGUAGAUACUAAAUGUAAAUUCUGCGAAGGAACAUAUCAUUUAGCUGGUCCAAUGUAUGCAGGUCCUCUACACAAUAAAGAAUUCAUCGACGAAGUAUUGAGAAUUAAUAAAGAAGAGCAUCGUGACCAGGAUGAAACAUAUGGAACACGUAAAAGAAUUGAAGGUAUGUUAUCCCUAGCUAAAAAUGAAUUAUCCGAUUCCCCAUUCUAUUUCAGUCCCAACCAUAUUGCGUCGGUGAUAAAAUUACAAGUACCUCCCAUGAAAAAAGUAGUUGCAGGGUUAGGGUCCCUAGGGUAUGAAUGUUCGUUAACACAUGCUCAACCAUCCUCCUUAAAGACCAACGCUCCCUGGGAUGCAAUUUGGUAUGUGAUGCAAAAAUGUGAUGACGAAAAGAAAGAUUUAAGUAAAAUGAAUCCGAAUACCACAGGCUAUAAGAUUUUAUCGGCCAUGCCAAAAUGGUUAAGUGAUACUGUUAAAUCGGAAUAUGACUCAAAACUAUCAUUCACACCAAAUGAACAAAGUGGUAAUAUUGAAAAACUAAGGAAACUGAAAAUUGUGAGAUAUCAGGAAAAUCCCACAAAGAACUGGGGCCCAAAAGCCCGUCCUAAUACUUCAUAA